AUGGUCUCGGAUCCCCCUUUACGCGAGAUGGGUCUCAAGAAGCUGGAGGCGUAUCGCCGCGCGAAGGAGCGCCGCGCGGAGGAAGCGAUCCGCCGCGCGAGGGAACGCCGCGCCGGCGCCCCCGUGCCGUUCGAAGAGCCCGCGGCGAAUGACAGGGCACCGCGGAGGGUGCCGACUGCGGAUUCCGGUGCGUCGUCCGGGUGGCGCCGAGCCUCCCCAUCCUCGCGACGGGGACGAGACCGCGCGUGCGAACGGACCGUCGCCGACAUCUCCUCGCUCCGCGCGUUCACCGGCCUCCUCGAUGCCGCCGCGGACGACGACGACGAAGACGUUCGGGUCGACGCGUCGCGCGGGCUCCCCGAGCGGGAGCCGCGAAGGGCGCAACGGGUCAGGGGGACUGACGCAGAGUCUACCGAGAACGACCGUCUGAGCAGCGAGAACGCGAGGUUGCGAGAGGAGGUCGCCAGGUUAGAGGGUAUGGUGGACGCGCUGAUGAUGCUGGUGGACAGACACGGGAUCGACGCGAGCGGGACGGGACAGACGAAGGAGGACGCGGGCGCGGAGAGUGGUGGAAACUCGGAGAGCGGCGACUCGGAGAGCGGCGACGACGAAGAAGACGACGAGGCGCCGCCGAUCGGAGACUGCGACAGCAUGCUGGAGCACUGGCUGCGCAAUCACUGCGUCCCCGCGGCUGCGGAACGUCUGUCCGGUGAGCGCGAGGGGACGCCGGUGAGCGCGGCGACGAGGACGGGUGGGGGCGAGGAGAACGGAGAUGAGCACACGGAGCGGGCACUGGCGGACUCGCCGUUCGAGUACCACGCGCGGGACGAGAGGGACGACGAGCGGGAAGGCGAGGCGCGGAAGAUGCCGGAGGAGUUCGCGAAGGGGAAGGUCACCGCGAAGAAGGAGGAGGUGCUCACCCCGGAGGCGCCCACGCUGGUGAAAACGUUUUCGUGA